CAAACGAGAUAGACGGUGGAUGAGCUAAACAAUCGGAGGAAGAUUGGCGAUGCCGGUGGGUUCUUCUGGUCACUUCUUCCUUUGCCGGGCUGCCUCGUUUACUUUUCAAUUAGGGUUUCGCGUUGGGAGCAAGCUGAUCAAUGUCGAAGGAGGGAAGGGCAGAGAGGGGGAAAAGCCGAAAAGCCAAGGCUUUAUCUUUAUCAGAUCCGAACAGUUAUUUCUGGGCCGUGAUUGAAUUUCGAUGGGCCUUUGGGCCCAAAACGUGUUUUCUUUUCUUCUUUCCAUGCUCAGGCCCCGUGCCGUGACUGCAAAAGCCGCAAAGCUAGAAAUCGACGGACGUCCGGUGCAAAAACCUGGAACCACUAAUGAAGCCGAUUAGAAUCUUCAAUACUGGAUUGUCGAAGCUCAAAGGCGUCAAAACCACCACAGUUGUCGCCACUCCGAACUCGCCGGAUUCUUGUCGCUGUUUCUCUUCCGCAGAGGGGAUCGAGUCACGAAGUACACCAGCAGAACCCCCUUGUGCGGGGAAGGAGGGUGAGAUCCUCAACUUAAUUCAAUCUUCACAGUGGCAUUCCGUCAAACACCUGGCUCCCGACUUGACAACUUCUGUUAUUUCUUCCACUCUCCUUGCUCUUCAGAAAGCUCCUGAUUCUGCUCUCCGAUUCGUUACUUCAAUUGGGUUUGAAUCUCUUGAUUUGAAAACCAAAUGCUUAGCUGUUGCAGUGGUCUCUAGGUCCCCCUCCCUAAAACCCACGUUGCAAUUGCUAAAACAAACAAUUAGAAGUGGAGUGGAUGGCGCGGGUGAAGCUUUCGUCGAGUUGGCGCUUGCACGGGAUAAGUUGCGCAACGAAAGUACUUUACUUUUCGACUUAUUGAUCAGAGCUUGUUGCGAAAUGAAGAAGGGUGAUGAUGCUUUUGUGUGUUUUGAUAAGAUGAAGGAAAAUGGUGUCAUUCCCACGGUCGAGACGUGUAACGCAAUGCUGAGUCUGUUUCUGAAGUUGAAUCGGACAGACAAGGCAUGGGUUUUAUAUGCAGAGAUGUUUAGGUUGAAGAUCAAAUCCAGUGUGUACACAUUUAACAUUAUGGUUAAUGUGUUGUGCAAAGAGGGGAAACUGAAGCAGGCAAAGGAGUUCAUUCCUUUCAUGGAGAGUUUGGGAAUCAGGCCGACCGCUGUUACGUACAACACAUUGAUUCAUGGGUACUGCAUAAGGGGGAGAUUUGAAGCCGCUCUUUUGGUUGUGGAUCUAAUGAAACGCAAAGGGGUUGAACCUGAUCAAUACACCUAUGGUUCACUUAUUACUGGGAUGUGCAAGGAAGGGAAACUUGAAGGUGCUUCCCAAUUGCUUGAGAAAAUGAAAGAAACUGGGUUGCUUCCAAAUGCCGUGACAUACAAUAUCUUGAUUGAUGGGUAUUGCAAUAAAGGCAAUUUGGAGGUGGCUUUACGCUACAAGGAUGAGAUGAUUGGGAAAGGUAUUUUGCCAACUGUGUCGACUUACAAUCUGCUCAUUCAUGCUCUACUUAUUGAAGCCCAAAUGGAUGAAGCUGAUAAGAUGGUAAAGGACAUGAGAGCUAGGGGUAUUGUUCCUGAUUCUAUAACCUAUAACAUCUUAAUCAACGGGUAUUCAAGAUGCAUGAAUGUUAAAAAGGCAUUCAACCUGCAUGAUGAAAUGCUGAGCGCAGGAAUUCAGCCAACACGAGUAACUUAUACGUCUCUCAUUUACGUUCUGAGUAAGCGGAAAAGGAUGGAGGAGGCUGACAAGUUGUUUGAAGAGAUUGUGAAGAAGGGCAUUCUGCCUGACCGUAUAAUGUUCAAUGCACUGAUUGAUGGUCACUGUGCAAAUGGGAAUAUGGAACGUGGAUUUGCAUUGUUGAAAGAGAUGGACAGAAUGAAUUGUUUGCCUGACGAAGUGACAUACAAUACCCUUAUGCAGGGCCGUUGCAGGGAGGGUAAAGUUGAAGAGGCUCGUGCUCUUAUCGACGAGAUGAAGAGUAGAGGUAUUAAACCUGACCACAUAAGUUACAACACUCUAAUUAGUGGUUAUAGUAAGAGAGGUGAUAUUAAGGAUGCAUUUAGCGUUCGGGAUGAGAUGUUGAGUAUAGGGUUCAACCCUACACGCCUCACUUAUAAUGCUCUGAUUCAAGGUUUGUGCAAAAACCAAGAAGGGGAUCUUGCUGAAGAGCUCCUUAGAGAAAUGGUUAGCAGAGGCAUUGCACCUGAUGAUAGCACGUACUUUUCUUUGAUUGAAGGGAUUGGGAAUGUUGAUGAGUUCUUGAGCAGUAAGACUUCAAGAUCAGUUUCAUGACCGGAAAACGAUACACUGUAUCACACUUGUUUUUAACUAGUUCUCAGUACUCCAAGCCGGGGGAAACGCAGAUAGUAGCAGGGGGAAUCAACAGAACAGAAGGUUUCUGUUGAUAGUCUUGUAUUCCUCAAAGUUCCUAGGAUGCCGUCUUGCAUAGCAGUCCACAUAGCUUUGCACAUGCUGGAUAGCGCUCAGUCUUCUACAAGGUAAUUGAUUCCUGAUAUGCUACAACUGAAGCUUCCAUGGGGAAUUUUAUAGCUCAUAUCGUGCCUGGUUUGGCUUUAACUCUUCUUGGCUUAUGGCACAUCAUCAACACUACCAGGUCCUACUGCAACAACAAAACCUCAACAAGCUUCAUGGUCAAGUUUUGGCACCCUUUUAAUUGUCUUUUUUCCAGGCUCAAACACUUGGAGCCUAUCCUCAUUCUGUUCUUCUCCAUAUUCUCAGUUUUGAACCAAAUUUUCAACUUCCCUCUUUUCCGCUUCUCCUUCGAGCUUGUCAACUUGGAACAUGCAACCAUGUUCCUUCAUCUUGCCAUCUUUGCAGGUUUCACCCUUUGCACAGAGAUAACUGAAUCGUCUCACAUCCUGUCUAGUGUGACUGGGAUACUUGCUACUUCCCUCUUUAGCCAAGAGCUUUUCCUCCUUCAUUUCCACUCAGCUGACCAUGUAGGUCUAGAGGGCCAUUACCACUGGCUCCUUCAGCUUAUAAUAUUCGUCUCUCUUCUAUCAGCCUUAGCUUCCACUUUUUUCCCAACCAGCUUCCCAGCAGCCCUUGUUCUUUCGGUUUCAGUAGUAUUCCAGGGAUGUUGGUUCAUGAACAUGGGUUGUAUGCUGUGGCUGCCUCAGUUUGUUCCCCAGGGAUGCUCUAUGAAUAUGAUGCAGUCAGGUGGGAACAGCGGUUCUGUAAUUCAUGGAGCAGUCACCUGUGAAUCUUCUUACGCAGAUCAUAGGGCGAGAGCUCUUGCAAACUUGCAGUUCAGCUGGAUACUUAGUGGAAUCAUGUUGGUCACUGGUUGUCUUUGCCUGAAAUCAGUAGGGAAAUCCAGCCAGAGACUGCAGCAAUAUGAGCAGCUUAACACCAGCAGAGGUGGUGAUAGUCCUGCUGUCACCAUUAUCGAGGGCUUUAAGUAAGUCCAUCAAAAGACUGCAUCGUCGAAGCACUAGCUACUCGUAAUCUAGUUAAGAUGGUGAUUAUGAUUGUCAACAGUGUAGAAUGAAUGAAUAACUAAGGAUGCAUAUGUAUUGAACACGUCUUUCAAUGCAGAAAAAUGAAUGUUCAGGAACAAAUUGAUACUGUUGAUAUAUAAAGAUAAAGCUCUUAUCGUACAGAAAGUAAAAAGGCUAGUUUUUUUUUUCUUCUAAUGUGUUUGAUGGAAGUGAAGAGGACAUGGUUGCUUUUGCUAGUGCUUUUCCCACUCGUUCUCAAGCUCGAUUUGUCUUUGCGUUUAUAGUCUAGAAAGGAACGAUGAGAUCAUGUGGUCGAUGCAAAGUUGGUCUUGUGGUCGAUGCAAAGUUGGUCUUUAAGAGUGGUGUA